CGUCAGCCCAGGGCUCUAACUGCACGUGCGCGUCCCGCCGCCCGCCGGAAAGACGAAGUCUGGCAGUGUUUAUCUCGUUGGGGACGGAGGAAUCGGUUGGCGCGCAACGGGUUCUAGGCUGCUGGCAGCGCGAGGACCCGCAGCCCCACCCCGGCCCGGCCUGGCAGGUAGAAGAGGCAGCAGGCCGUGCCGGGGGGGCAUGUUCCUGUAACCUGUAGCCCAGGGGAUGUUACGGUGGACAGUGCAUCUGGAGGGCGGGCCACGCAGGGUGAACCAUGCUGCAGUGGCCGUCGGGCACCGAGUAUACUCCUUUGGGGGUUACUGCUCUGGUGAAGACUACGAGACACUUCGUCAGAUAGAUGUACAUAUCUUCAAUGCUGUGUCCUUGCGUUGGACAAAGCUGCCCCCAGUGAGGCCUGCCGUCCGAGGCCAGGCUCCUGUUGUACCCUAUAUGCGGUAUGGACACUCAACCGUCCUCAUCGAUGACACGGUCUUCCUUUGGGGUGGGCGCAAUGACACUGAAGGGGCCUGCAACGUACUCUAUGCCUUUGAUGUCAAUACUCACAAGUGGUCUACACCCCGAGUGUCAGGAACAGUGCCUGGGGCCCGGGAUGGACAUUCAGCUUGUGUCCUGGGCAAGAUCAUGUACAUUUUUGGGGGAUAUGAGCAGCUGGCAGACUGCUUUUCCAAUGACAUUCACAAGCUGGACACCAGCACCAUGACAUGGACCCUUGUUUGCACAAAGGGCAAUCCUGCACGCUGGCGGGACUUCCACUCAGCCACGAUGCUAGGCAACCACAUGUAUGUCUUUGGGGGCCGUGCUGACCGCUUUGGACCAUUUCAUUCCAACAAUGAGAUUUACUGCAACCGCAUUCGAGUCUUCGACACCCGAACUGAGGCCUGGCUCGACUGCCCGCACACUCCAGUGCUGCCUGAGGGGCGCAGGAGCCAUUCAGCCUUUGGCUACAAUGGAGAGCUGUACAUCUUUGGUGGCUAUAAUGCAAGGCUGAACCGGCAUUUCCAUGAUCUAUGGAAAUUUAAUCCUGGGUCCUUUACCUGGAAAAAGAUUGAACCAAAGGGGAAAGGACCAUGUCCCCGCCGGCGCCAGUGUUGCUGUAUUGUUGGUGAUAAGAUUGUCCUCUUUGGGGGUACCAGCCCCUCUCCGGAGGAAGGCCUGGGAGAUGAAUUUGACCUCAUAGAUCAUUCUGACUUACACAUCUUGGACUUUAACACAUCCGACAUGUCAUUUGAGGAGCUGUUAAAGCUGCAGAGCCAGAUGGGCCCCGCAGCACACAGACAGGGGGUAGCCGGACGCAGCACCAAGAAGCAAAGCCCCCGACAGCCCGUGUGUGUUGCAGAUAAACACCGGCCUCUGGAAAUGUCAGCCAAAGUCCGGGUGCCGUUCUUACGUCAGGUUGUUCCCGUCAGUAAAAAGGUGGCCCGAGACCCCCGCUUUGAUGACCUGUCAGGGGACUAUAACCCUGAAGUGUUUGACAAAACUUACCAAUUCUUGAACGAUAUCCGGGCCAAGGAGAAAGAGCUGGUGAAGAAGCAGCUGAAGAAGCACCGCUCGGGGGAGGAGCACGAGAAACUGCAGCAGCUGCUCCAGCGAAUGGAACAGCAAGAAAUGGCCCAGCAGGAGCGAAAGCAGCAGCAGGAGCUGCGCUUGGCCUUGCAGCAGGAGCAGCGGGCUCUGGCGCAGCAGGGCCAAAGGCCAUACUUCCUGAAGAAAUCUGAGCAGCGCCAGCUGGCUCUCGCUGAGAAGUUCCAGGAGCUGAAACGCAGCAAGAAGCUGGAGAGUUUCUUGAGUCGCAAGAGGCGCCGAAAUGCUGGCAAGGACAGGAGGCAUCUCCCUUUGAGCAAGGAGUAAGGAGCUGUCCUGAGAGACCUGGCUGUGUGGGACAGAUCUGGGCUGGCCAGUUCUGGUUCUCUCCUGUGCAAUGGC